AUGGACUUCGCCUACGAUCAAAUCCAAGAGGAAUCCCUGCCCUCCGACCGCUCAGACCAACAAACCACCACCACCGACCGCCCAGCCACAGACCUCAACACCGAGUUCCAACAAGCCUUCAAAGCCGUCUCGUCAUCACCCUGGGGAGCAAAACUCGGCGGCUUCUGGUCGCAAGCNAAAAAGCAAGGCGAGAGUUUAUAUUCCGAUGCGCAAAAGGAAUACGCCAGCCGUAGUGAGCAAGCCGCCAAAGUGGCAGGAGAGCUGCAAAAGAGUAUUGUAGAGAGCACGAGGAAUAUAUCCAUCAACGCCGAUGCUGUUGGCGCGGCAAACACGUCUUUCUCAGAUCCGACUUUUGCGUUGCCGGAGGGUGUGGAGGUCAAGGAGAAGGAAGCUGCUCGAGACGCACAAGCAGGAGCUCAAGCGACAAGACCAGACUCACUCCCCGCCGACAUAGUCAAAGAAGCCACUUCCCUCGUCUCUCUCCUCCGUUCCAAAGCCACAGCUGCAACAGCAAACCUCAAUCUUCAAAAGAUACAGCAAGCAGAAGAUGCAGCAGACGAAGCACUCCUAAAGUUUGGCACUGGCAUAAAGUCCUUCCUCCGCGAUGCCGUCACCGCAACCGCUCCUUCUUCCUCGGACAGCACAGAAGUCCUCUUCGAGACCAACGACGCAGAAGGCAAACGAGUCAUUCAUUCCAGCAGAUUUGAUGCACAGUUGCAUGUUAUCCACACCUCGGCUCAGAGCUUCACCAGCGAUCCCGAUAGUCCCAAAUACGGCCAAUUCGCAACAGACUUUGACAUUUCGGCAAAGACAGACUCUAUAGCCGCAGACCUAGAAAAGUAUCCAGAGCUGAGACGAGCAAUGGAGAAACUCGUGCCCGAGAACGUCGAGUACGCAAUCUUCUGGACGCGCUACUACUUUUUGCGCAAGGUCAUCCAGGAAGAGGAAGUCAGACGGAGAGAAGUGCUAAAGGGUAUGUACUUACUCAACCUUNNCAUCAUGUAUCCUCAGUCACUGAUAAGGUUCCAACAACAGGAGCAUCACAAUCCACAGACGAAGACCUCACCUGGGGCUCCGACGACUCGGACGACGAAGAAGACAAAGCACCCACACCCACAAAAGAAAAACCCCCCUGUUCCUGCCACCCCUUCCACAACCACCGUCUCCAAAACCGCACCUCUACAAUCCACAACCUCCACACAAAACCCCUCUCCCCAAACCCACGAGGAAGAAACAAAAUCCGUCUCCUCCAGCGACGCCUCUUACGACAUUGUCUCUGGCACCACCAGCCGCGCAGCCGGAAGCCCCAAGGACGAAAAGAGCGAAAAGGUUGCUGUGGCCAAGAAGAUUGACGAAGAAAGCGACGAGGAAGAUUGGGAAUAG